GCAACUCAACACGCUUUCCGCUUCCGUGCUCAGCUACGUGUUUUGUCCUUUUCGUUUUCUCUGUUUAAGACCUGGUAGCCUUUUUCAAUUCUUUCCUCGUCACCUUCACCAUGAGAUCCGUUUACGUUUUUUUGCAGGCUGUGCUGCUGCUGUGCCUCCCCGCCGUGGUACUUGGAGCUCCAGAUUUAAAGCUCGUCAUGGUUCAGCUGCUCCAUCGGCACGGUGCGCGCGCAGCAGAGACGACUUUCAACAUGACACAGAUCUGUGGUGACACACCGUGCGGUUACCUCUCCUGGGCAGGCAUUAAGAUGCUCAAUAACACUGGCGCCUUCCUGCGCAACCGGUACAACACUGACCCAACUGUGGUGACAGAGCCAAUGUUCCCUUCCCUGGAUUAUGAUCUGGACGUUGCCUACAGCCGAUCAACGGACGUACUGCGCACCUUGCAGAGCGCAGAGUCGUUCCUACGUGGAUUCUUUCCCAACCUGACGUCGCUCUACCCUGCAAUCCACACCAUGCCCGAGAACGACGACUACCUGCUCUACACCAACUACGCCCCGCAAUACCAAUUCUUCUACAACAUCGAUAAGCCCAGUGUGCGCAGCGUAUGCAAUCCUACCACGGACAAGAACUUCCCCGACUUCAAAACGCUCACUGAUAUUGGCAAAGAGGUUUACAGUGAAGGGUAUUGCAGCACCUUCGAGACACGCUCGGACUGUGCACGAAAGCUUUUCGAUAUCGCUGCCGCCAUGGAUUCAGUUGGCACUCUUGACGCUGCAAAACAGCCCCUACUGAAAAAGUACAAGAAUGCUCUAGCCGAGUCCGCGAGAGUUCUUUUUGAAAAGGAGUACGAGUACGAUCGCACCAACACGCGGUGCCUGAUGCAAGGCAGUGCUGGUCAGCCCAUCUUGCAGGAGUUCGUCACCAACAUCAACACCGCCAUCACCGCGAAGCUGGCAGGCACGACAACGUAUAAACUGUUCCACUACAGCGCGCAUGACACCACUCUUUCACGCAUUGCGUGCUCGCUGCAGGACAAAGCCGAUGAUGGACUGCUGCCGCCCUUCUCGCAGGUUCUGGUGCUGGAGCUGCUGGAGAAUGAGACGGACAAGACAUUCUACGUGCGCGUGCUGCGCGGCCACCCCGGGCAGUCGCCCGACACGGAAUUUAAGUUCGACUGGGAGAAGGACUGGAGUCUGACGUGCAUGGACGCGUGGCAGACUGCGUACCCCGCGAAGGACAACACGUGCCCUGUUGCCGACUUUGCGAGGUUUGUGCAGUGGAGCGCUGCGCCGGCGACGUCGAAGGGGUACUGCUACCUGGACGAGAAGUACCAGGAGCUGAUGGCCUGCCCCAAGGGUGGGAUCCACGCCGGAGAUGCGUACCAGCCGCUGUCCUCCGCGUGCCAGUACUACCGCAAUCGCUGCCCUGCGUACUCGUGCGAGGAGGGGUAUUUGCUGAACAGCGUCUCGCAGCAGUGCGUGUGUGUGUCGUCGUCGUGCAGCGCACAGGCCCCAGGGACCGGUGAGUUGGCGGCCCGCUUCGCCGACGAGGACGACGAGGACGACGAUGAGACGACGUUGCUGCAGACCUCCGGAAUGACGAGCGCUUCUGUUGCGGCUGUCGCGCUUGGGUCUUUGUGUGUGGGGGUCCUGGUGGCUGCGUUCAUCACGAGCGCUGUGUGCCUGUGCAGCCGGCGUCCUCGGUACGCGCAGGUAGAGCAUGCCUAAGGCAGCGGCUGUCGUCGUCGUCCACGUGAGUUUCGGCACGGCUGGCUCCGUGGUGGAGAGUCAAUCGUGGCAAGGAAACACCAAAAUAUUUUCUUUUUAAAUCCUUUUUUUUUUGGCUUUCAAGAUUGCGGCUGCGAGGUAUGCCCUUCUUUUCCCAAAAUGUUUUACAUUCGCUUUGGUUUGUGAAGCUCAAAACAGCAACAGCUGCAAAAAAAAAAACGAACUUUUUUUGUCCAUUUUUAAAUUUCUUUCAAAUAAUCUGAAACGCUUGCUUAGAGAGAAACGGGUGCGUUCCGUUGGCAGCAGGAAGCGCACGCACACAGUGAGUUCGGUACACGGUAGAAAGACGGAGCUUUGGUGCCGCCGCUGAGUUUUUCUCUGUCGAUUCUUUAACUUUUUAUGUUUUCUCUGUCUAACUCAGGUGAUACAUAGAAAGCGGAAAAUGCAUAUUAUUCAUAACUAUGUGGAAUAAAUGAGCUUCUCCUGGAAAUAUUUUCCUAAGGAGGUAUUAACUAGAAAGUGCAUUGAAAAGCUGAACUUUUCAUGAGGUUCCUCUUAGUUCUUCUCGACCCUCCCUCUUGUAGUGUUUUCAAGUCUUGAAAGGUGGUGCUUGUUGAAAGGGACGACCUUUAUUGAUAUAAUACGCGUAUUAGCAGCACGUUUUGAAAGUAAUCUUUCACGAAACAAUGAAACAUGCUUCGUCUAGGCUACGACAAAUGACAUCUACAGAGUUUCAAGCAACGUUUUCCCUCUUUUUUCUUCUUGUAGCUCUUUGAUGCAGGUGUAUAAACUCUGUUUCUUUUUCCAGUAU